GUGGCAGCGUCCCUUGAGCCCGGACCACGCAGCUGUGCCCAGCCCUGCCCGGCUUCUCCCGGGCCUGUGGGACCCCUGGGGCCCCUCCUUGUUCCCUGAGACCAGGACAGCGGGCACCUCUGGUCACAAUGAACAUUGUUCUCUCCAGGGACAGCCAGGUGAGGGUGAUGGAGAACAUGGUGACCAACACCGAGAAGUACUUUGGCCAGUUCUGCUCGCUGCUGGCCGCCUACACCCGCAAGACGGCGCAGCUGCGGGACAAGGCCGACCAGCUGGUCACACGGCUCCUCGACUUCGCCAACACCGAGAACGCCGAGAUGCGGGCCACUCUGCGGAACUUCGCCGAGGACCUGGCCAAAGUGCAGGACUACCGGCAGGCCGAGGUCGAGAGGCUGGAGACCAAGGUCGUCAACCCCCUGAAACUCUACGGGGUGCAGAUCAAGCAGACUCGGGCCGAGAUCAAGAAAUUCAAACGUGUCCGGGAUAACGAGAUCAAACAAUUGGAGAAGCUGGAGAAACUGAGGCAGAAGUCACCCUCGGACAGGCAAAUGAUCUCCCAGGCGGAGACCAGUGUGCAGAGGGCCUCGGUGGACGCCAGCCGCACCACCCACCGGCUGGAGGAGACGGUCGACACCUUCCAGAAGCAGAAGCUGAAGGACCUACAGAAAAUCUUCUCGGACUUCGUAACCAUCGAGAUGGUGUUCCACGCCAAAGCGCUGGAGGUGUAUUCCGGUGCCUUCCAGACCCUGGAGAGCUACGACCUGCAGAGAGACCUGGAGGAUUUUAGAGCCAAGAUGCGUGGAGUUUAUGGGCUUUACGACGCUCGGCCGCUCACAGACACCACCCCCUCCCCAGGGGUCCCGUGGUCUCUCCCAAGCCAGAGUGCUCAGAGCACCAUACGGAGCCAGAGAAAAGAAGAGGAGGCCAGUGAGGACGACUCUACUGAUGAGGACCCCGUGGAGGACCUCAGGGGACAGGAGCAGGGACUCUGUCAAUAGGAAGAGAACUCCCCAGUCAGAAAAAUGGGGGCCGACACUGGAUGCU